CUGGCCGGGUGUUCCUCAUCGAUCAUCAGAGAAGCCGGCUGCGGAGACCGAUCGCCCUUGAUCCCCGGCUACCAGAAGGGCGUUGAUGUCAGGGAGACACCGUGAAAGAAACAAGAAGUAUAAGCAGCAGGCCGAGAUGCAGUUCUUCUUACGUAGUAAUCGCAGUUAGCCGACAGUCGAGCGCCCGGUGCCUUUCUCACAGAUCGGACAAUGGCAAGGAGGAGAGCAGCCACGACGUUCACGAUCGCGAUCCUGGCUGUUGCGUGCCUCCAUCCUGCAGCGGGGGUCAAGGUCCACGCGGAGGCUGCGUCCUUGAACGAAACCGCGCGUCACGAUGAUGACGGAAUCGUCCUGGAGAAGGAGGCGCCGUUGAUCCGCACCGAGUCCACGAAUGGAAUCGACGACCUGCCGGCGCAUCAUCAUCCCCAUAGCAUGCCCGGGAAGCCGACGAAAUUCGACUUAGACCCGCAGGGCGCGGACAACAAGGCGGAUUACCAGAUCGAGACCACGAGGAUGGCGAACGUCACCGUCAACCCUCUCGAAGAGACAAAUUCGACGAGCGAUCAGCCUCCGUCGAACGCGACCGAAUGCAGAGGCACGCACGUGGUCUCCUGCAUCCGGCAGGAUCUCCUGAAUUUCCUGGAUCAGCUCGCGAGCAUGGACACGUACAACGUGACGGAAUCCGUGCAGAUAGUGCGGAACGAUAGUGCCGAAGCGGACGAUGAGGACGCCUGCGAGGAUCAAGAGACUGAUGACGAUUCAAGCGUGAAUCUCCUGGACAAGGUCCACCAGUACGCCAGGACGCACGUGAUGAAGAUACAGCUGAACAGGGACUCGAGCCUCGCCAGGAAGGCCAGGACGUUCUUCGGUUCCAUCUUUCAGGGAAAGAGUACCUUUUUAACAGGAUUCGGCCUUGGUUUUCUAGCGUUCGGUCUGAAGAAGUUGUUGCUACCUCUGUUUUUCGGCGUGCAGAUUAUCAAGAGCGUGCUGCUCGCCCUCUUCUUACCGAGCAUCAUCGGCAGUAUCGGUACUAUUGUAGGAAAAGAUUUUCCAGGUGUCUCCACGUUCGCGCAAUCUUCGCAUCCCGUGACCAUUGCCCCCGAGGAGAACUUCGAGUUCAAAGACAACCAAGAGCUUUACAACGAUGACUAUCUGACGCGACAGCCCGUGGGCACGUUACCAGCAUCCGCCAUGUACGACGAGAGCAUGCUGCAACCGCAGAAAAGCCCGGAUAUCGCAUCUCGCUUCACAUACGUCGACUCCAGGAUAUCUCACGCGAACGCGCUUUCGGAUCGCUAUUAUACGCGACACGUGGCCGCGCACGGUCUCUCCAAGAAACAGGAUUUUAAGGUCUUCCACGAGAUCCCGACCAGCUCGCUGCUGCUGACCAACUACGAUCCCUUCUACUCGCCGCUGCUGUCGCGCCUCGACGCCGUUUUCUCCCGUCUCGGACACAACACGGAGGGUUGCCGAGAGUACGCCGUCUGCGCGAUGUACCGGAGCCCAGCGCGAUUCGCACCCUACUCGAACCUGGUCUCCGCGCAGCUGUCCAGGGAGCUGAACGAGCUCAGGAAGCCCAGCAGCGACAAUCCGGACGUCCUGCGCUUCUUCAGGUACAUGAAGGCCGCCAAGGAUGGCCAGGACGGCGUCAAGUGCGAGGACGUUUACGCCAACUGCGCGAACGCUCGCGAGGAUCAGACCAUGAAGCAGAAUCAAGCGAUGCUGGCCACGUAUCAGGAUAUCAACAAGCUCGUGCAGGCCAGGAAGCUCUGAGGAGGAUCGCCGUUUGCUUCUCUUCUGCUGUCGCCGCCGUGAAAGAGAAAAGAAGAAGCGCCUCCAACUGAUCGCGAACUUUAGAACUAAUUGCGCGCGUACAUUUCUGACUGGAUGUAGUCCGUCGCGAUCGCUAAGAGAAUUUAUAGCGUUUGUUGUAACGACUGAACAUUCGUUUGUAGAUGUAUCGCGCGCCUGCUGAUUGUAAAAACGUUCAUCCGACCUCGAGCCUCGAGACACAAAGAUUUCAUUAAAUAUUAGACUUUAAUUUAUUCAAUUAGAAUCAUAUAAAUUUUCUAUUAAUUUAUAAAAAUAAUAUUUCAGACGAUUUUAAAACAUGUUUUUUGAUAUUUUAAGUCUUGGUGAGACAGCCUAAUUGAGAGGGUUUAAAAUUGAUUUGCACAUGAAGCCCUUGAGUCAGUUUUAAUUUACGACCGUCAAACAUUCAACUUGUAUAAUUAAUUGAUUCUUUAUGUAUUGCAUAUAGUUUUCUAAAUUGUCAUUUAUGAUAAUUACCGGCUUUUUAUUUAUGUCGAGUUGGUUUUGGUAUCACGUGUAAAUUUCUAAAAUCAACGUUUCUAUUCUAUCAUUUAAAAUGAUCAGAAAAUUAUUAAUAUGUUAAUAUUAUUUUCUGAAUGUUUCGGUCGUAAAUGGAGACUGCAUUGAUACAAAUCAAGAGGAUCUCGAUUUACGUAAGAUUUGGUUUUGGAUUACGAGAGAAGUACGUGUACUUCAAUACCUACUUCUCACGUAACAUACACGAUUUAAAAAUAACAUCCGAUUAUGAUUAGAAUGUGCAAAUAUUGUCAGAAAAGCUCUUAUUCUAUAUAAUUUUUAAAAAAGUUCUUGUAAUUAGUAAUCUGAAUGCUUUUAUCUCGCGCAAAACUCUUGUAAAAAUCCGUCGGAAAGAAAUUUUAACAUAUUUCAUUAAUCAAUUCUUUGCACAGAUGUACAAUCGGUUACUAAUUUAAUGACGUAAAUGAAUUAUUAUGUAAUGAGCUGUAUAGCUACGGCAUAGCGUUAAAAUUAAUACUAUAAUAAUUUAAUUUAUUUAUUGAAACUAUCGUCGUGCACGAGAUGACUUUACUUUGCGAUGAAUGAUAGUGACGCCGAGAACAUUAUUUAUUUGUAUGACGUGAAGAUGAAGAAUGCUAAUUUAUUCAAUCCGAGCGUGCAACGCUCGCGCCGAGCGCAUGUGCAUUUAGAGAUUAAAGAUUUAACUCUACUCUUAAUUUAAAAGAGCGGGAUUAAAACCAUUAGUGCGUGGUUUUCCCCAGUAUACCUAUAAAUUAAUGUACAGAGAGAGCACGUCAAUAAAAGAUUCGUGACGUCAGCUAUGCCAGUUUCUCCAAAAUGAGGCUACGCGAUGCGUCAUGAUGUGUGAUAUAAUCAUGUUUAUAUAAUCAGAAUCGCGCAGCUCUUUUUACGCUAUUGUACUUUAAGAGAUCCAAGAGAUCUAAAAUAGAUAUAAAAUAUUUCUAUUUUAUACUUUAUCCAAGGUAUGAAAUAGAAAACGUAGCUUUAAUGUUAAGGUAUAAAGCGCUGAGAAAGUAUAAUUUGCUUCCCGCAUUUCCGUUAGAAAUGUAAAUUGUGAUGGUCACAUAAAGCGACGUGUCUGUCAA